GGUAGUCAUUGUCAUGAAACCGCAAGCAUGGAUAUAAAAUUGGCAUCGUCUCGCGUUUUGAGGGAUUCUUUGGAGCCUGUAGGUCCUUUGCAUCUUGUAUCACCCGGCGAUGUGAUAACCUCAGAAUCUGGUUUCAUGAGAGGUCAUGGUACAUUCAUGGAGGAAGGAGGGGGCAACUUAAAGGCCUCAGUAGCUGGUAUGGUAGACAGAGUGAACAAACUCAUUAGUGUGAAACCAUUAAAAACUAGGUAUAAUGGGGAGGUAGGAGAUGUUAUAAUAGGACGUAUCGUAGAAGUGCAACAAAGAAGAUGGAAGGUCGACACAUACUCAAGGUUAAACUCAAUUCUGAUGCUCUCCUCUGUAAAUCUUCCCGGAGGAGAACUAAGAAGAAAGACUGAAGAGGAUGAACGGAUGAUGCGAGACUACCUAUCUGAAGGUGAUAUAAUCAGUGCAGAGGUUCAGAAUGUCUUUUCUGAUGGUUCAUUAUCUUUACAUACAAGGAGUCUCAAAUAUGGCAAGCUUGGUCAGGGAACAUUGGUUCAAGUAUCGCCAUCUUUAGUGAAACGGCGUAAGACUCACUUUCACAAUCUGCCAUGCGGUGCUAGCCUCAUACUGGGAAAUAAUGGCUAUAUUUGGAUCUGCCCAACAAUCAAUGAGGACACUGACCAAACGGGUGGAUUCGUCCAGAACCUAGAGCCAGUAGCAGGUGGAGAUCGUGAAGUGAUAGCGAGGCUACGGAAUUGUAUCACUGCCUUAGCCAAUCAUGGCAUUGUCCUAUUUGACACAGUUAUACUGUAUGCUUACGAGGCCUCGCAGAAAUAUUCAGUAAAGGAACUUUUACAAUCAGACAUUAUGAAAGAAAUAGCCAGUCUUAGUAGACAGAGAAUGGAGCAAGAGUUAUAGCACAUAUCUGGGGACAUGUUUUCAAAUGCGAAACAAAGGAGGAAAGAGUGGGGAAAAGCAAGGAAGAACAUACAGAGGCUUGUAAUCAACACUGUAUAGAAAUGGCAGAAAAUCAGACGGUCCAUACAAGUUUAUAGAGAAAUUAUGUUAAAUGAGUAUGGCCGGUGGGAGACUUCAGUUCAACUAUGCAGUAAGGGACAAUAGGUUCGGAUCUCACAUGUCCAUAUUUAGCAUGAACUUGGGACGAGACUUGUAACUGAAAUAUUUUCAUUGUAGUCUAAAAAUGUUCUGGUGAGGGCUCUCUGAAAUAUUUCUCAAAUGAAGAACAAUAAUUAUUGCCAAGUAAUUGCACAAUGUUGAACAGUCUCACCAUGAUGUUAUAUUUGUAAAUAUUGUGUAUAUAUUAUAAAUAAAUAUAGAUGAAAGAUGACUGAUGAAUUCAAAUUGAGUUAUGAAGUGUCAUCUCCUACUGUACUUUUACUUACUAGUAUUUUGGCGGAUUUGCUGAUUUGAACAUUUG